GCACCGCAGAAGCUGCUCCACAUAGUCUACCAGAACUUCAGGAGACCAAAGGAGAGGAAACAUUAUCUCAGAAGCCAUACUGCCAAACCCCAAUAACACCUAGCAACAGUCCAAGGGAAAAGGCAAAAAAAACUAAAAAAACUUUCAUCCAGCUGGGAGUAUGUGCGACCUCCUCUUUCUAUGACUGGGAUAUCUGUAUCGUACCAGUAACAGCCCAGAGUGGAGCACAUUCUGCUUGUGUGUGGUGGAUGUUCUGUGACUGUCACAAGGUUCCUCUAAAUAGGACGUUCUGCUUUUUAAGAAAAGUCAACAGCCGCUGCCCCUGUGACCCACACGUUCUGUGGUGCAUCUAUAGAGACGGGUAGGAAUGAGAUCUCGAAACCAAGGUGGAGAAAGCUCAAGAGCAGGGCAGAUUUCCUGCUACAGCAAUGGGAAUGCAACAGAAAAUGAGAACCUCAGCAGUGAUGGCAGAAACAAGAAUAAAAUGCACAGAAAUAAUGAAGGAGAUGUACAGGUCUCUGGAACCGUUAAAAGACAUGCCAAAUUUUCUGGACUGUGUGAUAAUAAAAACAGAAAAAUGCAAGACCCAUCCAAGGAGGAUCUUGUAAAGCUGCUAAGUGUUAUGGAAGGAGAACUGCAGGCUAGGGAGGAUGUCAUUCAUAUGCUAAAGACAGAGAGAACAAAACCUGAAGUUCUGGAAGCACAUUAUGGAUUUUCAGCUCCUGAGGAGGUCCUGAGAGCACUGCACAGAGAUGCUAUACUUGCAAAGGAGAAGUCCAUAGGAGAAGAUGUUUAUGAGAAGCCAAUGGCAGAGCUUGACCGGCUUGAAGAAAAGCAAAAAGAAACGUACAGACGAAUGUUAGAACAGCUACUCCUGGCAGAGAAGUGCCAUCGCAGGACUGUGUACGAACUGGAAAAUGAGAAGCAGAAGCAUACGGACUACAUGAACAAGAGUGAUGACUUCACCAACUUGCUGGAACAAGAACGUGAAAGGUUAAAGAAGUUAUUGGAACAGGAGAAAGCUUAUCAAGCCCGAAAGGACAAAGAAUAUAACAAGCGACUGAAUAAAAUUAGAGAUGAACUAGUGAAGCUAAAGUCAUUUGCACUGAUGUUAGUUGAUGAAAGACAAAUGCAUAUUGAGCAACUUGGACAACAAAGCCAGAAGAUACAAGAGCUCACUCAGGAACUCCAAGAAGCAGAUUCAAAAAUCAAAACAGUUUGUGCAAAAGCCUACGAAGACAGCCAGAAACUUGUUAAAUUGGAAUUAGAUCUUGAACACAAAACUUCAAAAUAUUCUCAAGAGCAUGAGGAGAUGACUGCAAAACUUGCUACUCAAGAAUCUAAUAACCGUCACCUACGACUGAAGCUGGUGGGUCUCAAUCGCAAGAUUGAAGAACUAGAAGAAGUAAAUAGAAACCUUCAAAAAGCUGAAGAAGAGUUGAAAGAGCUAAGAGAAAAAAUUGCUAAAGGAGAAUGUGGAAACUCAAGCCUAAUGGCAGAGGUGGAAAAUUUAAGAAAGCGUGUUUUAGAAAUGGAAGGAAAAGAUGAAGAGAUAACAAAGACAGAAUCUCACUGUAAAGAACUCCAAAUGAAACUUCAUGAAGAAGAACAUCACAGCAAGGAGCUGAAACUGGAGGUCGAGAAACUGCAAAAAAGAAUGUCAGAAUUGGAAAAAUUAGAGGAAGCCUUCAUGAAAAGCAAGUCUGAGUGCUCUCAGCUUUAUGUCAAGCUGGAUAAAGAAAAGGCCCAAACAAGGGAGUUGAUUAAUGAGGUAGAAUUGGUUAAAGCUCGUGUUAAAGAACUGGAAUCUGUGGAAGGAAGACUUGAGAAAACUGAGCAUACUUUAAAAGAUGACUUAACAAAGCUAAAAAGUUUCACUGUCAUGCUUGUUGAUGAAAGAAAAAUUAUAAUGGAAAAGAUAAAACUGGAAGAAGGAAAGGUGAAUGAUCUAAACAAGUGUUUAAAGACUGAACAAGGAAAAGUUAUGGAAGUAACAGAAAAACUGAUAGAUGAAAGCAAAAAUCUUUUAAAAUUAAAGUCAGAGAUGGAAGAAAAAGUUUAUAACUUGACAAAAGAAAGAGAUGAGUCAAUAAGAAAACUAAGAACUGAGGAAGAGAAAAACUGUGAAUUAAGCUGUAGAUUUGACCUGCUGAUGAAAAGAUUAGAAAGCAUGGAGGCAACAGAAAGAGAAGCAACACGAAAUAGAGCUAAAAAAAGUUUUGAAUCUGUACAUCAAGAAGACAAAAAGACAAAAGAGUUGAUUUUAGAAAUAGAAAGACUUAGAAAACGUCUACAGCAGCUUGAAGUGGUUGAGGGAGACUUAAUGAAGACUGAAGAUGAAUAUGAUCAACUAGAAAGAAAAUAUCGAACUGAGCAAGACAGAGCGAAUAUUUUGUCUCUCCAGCUAGAGGAACUGAAAAGUCAGAUAACAAAAAAUAAAGCUAUUGAGAAGGGAGAAGCUGUAAGUCAAGAGGCUGAACUUCGACAUCGAAUAAGAGUAGAGGAAGCUAAAAACAGAGACUUGAGAGCAGAAGUCCAAGCACUGAAAGAGAAGAUUCAUGAUAUGAUGAACAAAGAGGAUCAACUUUCGCAACUUCAAGUAGACUAUUCAGUUCUUCAAAAAAGAUUUUUAGAAGAAGAGAAUAAAAAUAAAAAUAUGGGAGAAGAUGUAUUGAAUUUGACAAAAGAGCUAGAGCUCUCAAAACGAUACAGUCGAGCUAUAAGACCAAGCAUGAAUGGAAGAAGAAUAGUAGAUGUUCCUGUAACAUCUACAGCAGUCCAGACAGAUGCAAUAAGUAAUGAGAUGGUUGAGGAAGAGACACCAGCAGUGUUUAUCAGAAAGUCUUUCCAAGAAGAAAACCAUAUUAUGAGCAAUUUACGACAGGUUGGACUUAAAAAACCUACAGAGAGGUCACCUGUCUUGGAAAGGUAUUCACCUGCAUCUAAUGAAUUAAAUGCAAGAAAAUCAUGGAUUCCUUGGAUGAAAAAAAGAGAAAAUGGCUCUCCUGGGACCCAAGUCACUCCAGAAAGAGCAGUUCGCCCAAGCCCCAGUCCAGGACGCCCUAAUGAAGUAUUUCUUUCACCAAAACAAGGUCAGCCUUUACAUAUAAGAGUAACACCAGAUCAUGAGAACAGCACAGCUACUUUAGAGAUCACAAGUCCACCUGCAGAGGACUUCUUUUCAAGUACUACAGUAAUACCAACCUUAGGGACACAGAAGCCACGGAUUACAAUUAUUCCUUCUCCAGGUCUCAUGACACAAAAAGGAAAAGGUUUGGAAAGCCCAGUAUCCCCAGAAAGGUCUAUGUCACCAGUUACAAUAACAACCUUCUCACGGGAAAAAAAUGCUGAAACUGGCAGAACCAACUUCGGUGAAAGGCCUACUUCACCAAUUCAGAUACUUACUGUAUCAACAUCUGCUGCCUCUCCAGAGAUAUCUGUGUCACCUGAUGCACAAGAAAUGACUAUGGGACGUGCAGUAUUUAAGGUCACUCCUGAAAAACAAACUGUGCCAACACCAAUAAGAAAAUUCAAUUCUAAUGCAAAUAUAAUUACAACAGAAGAUAACAAAAUCCAUAUUCAUUUAGGUUCUCAAUUUAAACGGAACCAUGGCAGUUCAUCAGAAGGUACCCCAGUCAUCACUGUUAGACCUUUAAAUGUUGGCACAGAAAAUAAGGAAGUAACAACUGGUACCGUACUCAGAUCUCCUAAGACUAAUCUGUCAACCAGACCUGCAACAAAUAAAGUGACCAGUUCAAUAACCAUAACUCCUUCCUCAACAUCUUCUACACGUGCAACCCAAUCAGUGACACCACAGGAUGGGUCAACCCAACGCCACAUCCCUACCCGCAUUCCCAUGUCAAAAGGUAUGAAGGCAGUAAAGCCAAUAAUGGCUGUGCCAGGAGCAGGAAAUCUGUCAAAAUUUGAGCCACGUGGCGAGAGUCAGUCUAUGAAAAUAGAAUUGAAGAAAUCGCCAGCCGGCAGCUCUACCCCUCUCGGAGGGGGGAAGGGCUGAGGCUAAGUCUCAGGGGUAUGUGCAGGUGUUUCUGCUACCACUAAAAGCAGUUCCCUGUUUAUCAAAGUUGUUAGUUUCAUACUAAUUCAUGAGUUCUCGUUCAUCUCUGCUGUUCGAAAGAUUGGCAGACUGAUGAGCUGUAGACCUUCUCAAUGUAGAGGCUACAAGUAACACAAAUUAAGAAAGAUAACCAUGUGUCUCAAAGAUUAAUUCUGAAUAUUGCUGUACUGUAAAACAUUGUCUGCAGAGAGGUUUGAUUCACAUCACUAUAGGCACUGUCCACAAAAUGCCUGUUUCCAGGAUUUACAAGAGACAUAUCCUGUGUAUAUAAAGCAGCAAAAAAAGAAUAUUCAUGAGUUAAUCCCGCAGUGCAAUGUUUUACAGUCUAAAAUGCUAUAUUAUUUACUCUUGUUACUGAAGCAAGUAGUGAGAUGCAUGCCGACGAUGAUGGCAUGAAGAUGUAUGUGACCUUGCCAAUGUGGAGUGUGAACUGCUGCAUAGUUUUCUACUGAACAUGUUAAGCAUGUAUGUAUAUGUUAUCUUCAGAGCCACAAGGGACGUGCUUUCCAAAAUCACAUGUAAUACUGCCAUCUCCUGUUAUAUGGAGGAGUGACUAUAACGUAGAUGUCUACAUAUUUGCACGUUCUACAAUACAUUGUUUUAUCUGGCUUGUGCAUCUACCACUAAGUCAUGUUAAGUUUACAUUUUGCAUUAUGUAGUGUAUGAUAUGAGACAUAUUUUGGAUGUUUGUACUUUAUUUAUAAUGAGUAAUUCAAAAUGUACAUUUUCGUUGGAUUCGGAAAGCAAUCGUGAAAACUAUUUAAAUUGUUUGCUGUGUCACUUUAUCAGAAGAGCCAUAAUAAUAAAACAUAUACAGAUGGGAUUUUGGACCAAUCUUCUUGUAACAGCACUUUCGGUAAACAUUGUCUAUCUUGACUAUUCAUUAAACGAGGGGCCCAGUGCACAGUAUGGUCACCAUAACUAAAUGUUGGCCUACAAUCUUCUUAACUAGAGAUACAACAGCAGUAUGGUCAAUCUUAUUUAUUCAGGACCUGGAUUGCAUUGGUGCUUUUGUAACAGCAGUCUAAUAGUCUUCUAACUACCAUGAUUAUAUAUAUAUAUAUAUAGGGUGUAAUGCAUGUGUUCAUAUAAUCUGUUACACAAUCUUACUUGACUUGGCUUGACUUAGAUUUUUACCACUAGGGCUGAGGUGCCCUAUUAAUUGUAACACAUUAACACCUUGGCUUUCACAAGUACCUUGACCAUGAACCUUUGCUACAAACCUUUAGGAUAAGGAAAAUCAUGGCUUCAACAGUACCUAAUUUACUUCCCAUGGUGCACUUAGUGUAGGUCUGUCUGCAUUGUUAGUGGGCCAUUUGUUAGGCAUCACAGUGCUUACAAGGGUAUUCUGAUUUCAGCAAAUAAAGUGUAUUCAUUCUAAAAUUUUAAAACAAUGCAAUAGCCUUCACACAUUUAGUAACUGCCCUUGACUUUCAUAAAAUACCCUGGCUAAGGCAAUAUCACUUGUUGCUACCACCCCCAUCCUGGUACCCAACACCAGAAAAGUAUGCCUUGUAAGCACCCUCCUAUGUAUAUUUCAUUGGAUUGAUGUUUUUACAUUGUUCUAAAACUACUAAAACCUCUCACAAUCACAGUACAACUUACUUACAAUACAUCAUGGAAAAUAUUAAUAUAUGAACUAAUUUUUCUGAAUUACUGUAACUGUGCUAAAAGCUCUCCCAUAUACAAAAUUAUUAUUAUGUCAAUCCUUUCUGAAUUCAUUUUAAUUAUAAUGGCUUAUAUUCUGCAGGAGGCAGUUCAGAAUUCUGGGCUAUGAACAGGGUGUUUUUUUUUUUUAUAUACCAUCUAAGUUAUUUUACUAUUUGAUGGUGCCUAUCAUCAAUCUCCUUUUUACCACAUCCAACAAUUGAGUACAAAAUAGCUUAAAGGCCAGGGGCAGAAUGGGAACUAAAAGGCCCUUGAAAAAAAAGGUAAAAGUGGCCCCAUGUUACAGGCAGGUCUAAAUUGACAGAAAGCAGGGCAACAUAAUUAGGCAGUGCCAACAACCUG